AUGACCCAAUCCAAGCUUUCAGAGAAUUUGGAUGGCCCCGUCCCAUACUAUUGUGGGUUAAGAGCUUCUGAUAUAGGUGCAUGCUUAUAUAAAAUUCGUGAUGAUAGUGUUAGACCAAGGCAUUUUCUAGGUGCAGACAAUGUGGAUGAAAUAGAAGUCAUACUCUCAGAUCAUGAAGGCCAUUCUUUACACGAAUUCAUUGAUGAGGAUGAGCCACUUCAUCCUAUUAUCGAUUUUGAUUUGCCCCAAGAGAUAUAUGAUACCAUUGAACCUAAACUUACAAGAAAAGAAAUACAAAAUUUACUUAUCCAUGCUUUUGCAAAAGUGUGUAAAGAUAUUUCCCCUAACUGA